AAUGCGUGCAUAAAGCUAAACUUGAAUCGCUACGGAACAAAGUGGCCCAAAAAUUGCGCGACAUAAUCAUAUAUUUGGUUGUACAAUGUAACGUGUGUGCAAUGUGCAUUUAUUGCUCGCUGUUUAGAUUCGGCUCAUCCACUUAUCUCACCGUAAUUCAACGAGCAAAAUCUACAAUCAACGAAAUGUCAAAAUUGAAUACAUGCAUUUGUGUGCUAGCAGCUCACUUUACUAGAACACUUGAAUCAAAUUCCAAAAACAAAUUGAACACUCGAACUUAUCAGUACGGUUUAUUAUGACACCAGAGAAACUUCAUCACUUGCACGAAGCACACACAAUUGAGUUGUAGUCAAUAGUGUUCAUAGUAGUAAGAGAAACGUAUUUAAAAAACAAAGAUGAGUUUUGCGGUUUUGGGAGCUGGUGUUGUUGGACUAUCAACCGCAUUGGAAUUACAGAAUAAAUAUCCAAACGCACGAAUCAGCUUAAUUGCAGAUAAAUUUGGCAGAGAUACAACAAGCGAUGUGGCUGCAGGCAUAUUUCGACCGGGCCCAAGCUUCACUGGGCCAAAUCAGACAGUCACAAGGAAAUGGAUGAGCGAUUCAUAUGCCUAUUGGGACGAUCUUCGUUUGAGUGAAGAUGCUUCAUUAGCUGGUGUCACCCAAUUAUCAGUCUAUGUUUUCUCCAGCACCGAUCCAUCGAUUGUGCGGAAUCAUUUUCUCGAAGGAUUAUUGCCAUUAUAUCGUCGAUGCACUGAAGAGGAGUUAAACAUUUGCCCUGGCGAUUGGAAAUAUGGAUCAUUUUUCACCACAGUUUUAACUGAAUGUCGUCUGUGGCAAUCAUGGGCUCAACGAAAAUUUGAACAAAAUGGUGGAAAAACAAUGCAAAAGAAGUUGUCCAAAUUGACUGAAUUGAAUGGCCGAGAAUUUGAUGCGGUGUUUAAUUGCUCGGGUCUGGGUGGUCAAAAGCUGUGCGAUGAUGUUAAAGUGGUGCCAAUCCGUGGUCAAAUCAUCAAAGUUCGUGCGCCGUGGAUCAAAACCGCCUUCUAUGCAGAUUACGAUACAUACAUAUUGCCUGGUUUUGGUGGGAUCGUAACACUUGGUGGCACGCGUCAAUACGAAAGCUACAAUAUGCAAAUCGAUAAAUAUGAUUCGCUUUCGAUACGCGAGCGAUGCGAGUCGCUUUUGCCCAGUCUGGCCAAAGCAACGGUUGUCCGUGAAGCGGUUGGACUGCGGCCGUAUCGAAGUUCAGUGCGUGUCGAAAGUGAAUUGCUCACCGAUUCAAAUGGACAACAGCUACGUGUGAUCCACAACUAUGGCCAUGGCGGCUAUGGAGUGACCACCGCUCCGGGAACUGCAGCAUAUGCCGUUCAGCUACAACAUGAUAUGCAUCACAGCAAACUUUAAAUGUAUUCAAUGGCAUCAAACAGGGAAAAAAAGUGCGCAUUAAAAAUGAUUUUAACGUAAUGAUAAAUGCAAUUAAAAUUUUAGGAUUCGGACUCCUUCUCAACAACAAACGAAAAGAAAAGAAAAAAUCAAAUCAAACAAAAAUGAGUUGACAACAUUUCGCAUCGUAGUGUAAGAGAGUACAAUACAGAUAUUGUGAGCUGUGAGAAAAUACAACGAACACAACUGACAUACAUACACAUGUACACAGCAAUUGUAUUGUACACCAACCAUAUGACAGCGGAGAAUGAACGAAAGUAGGUUCGAGCCAUAAUAGUAUCAUUUUCGACUACAUUGAAACGGAGAAUCGUUUUCUUCUUCAGCGCAGUCUCAAACUACAUAAAAAACUUGAGAGAAAAUUAUUUUCAUGUAUGAUUGAUAGAGAAAUAAAUAUUUUUAUAAAAUUAAAUGUAUACAUUCAAUAAAAAAAAACUCCAAAUCCAAAUCAA